GUUUCCAUCUCAGGCUCGGAACACAGUAGGAUUCCUAAUGGGGCGAUCAUCAAAAGACAAGCGAGACAUUUAUUACAGGCUAGCGAAAGAGGAAGGCUGGAGAGCGCGAAGUGCAUUCAAACUGCUUCAGCUGGAUGAGGAAUAUCAACUCUUCCAAGGUGUACAGAGAGCCGUUGACCUGUGUGCAGCCCCUGGCAGUUGGAGUCAGGUUCUCAGCAGAAAGCUUAGGGCUAAUAAUGAGACAUCAGAGGUGAAGAUUGUUUCAGUAGAUCUACAGGCCAUGGCUCCGCUACCUGGAGUGAUCCAAAUUCAAGGAGAUAUUACUAAGGUUUCCACAGCUCAUGAGAUAAUACAGCACUUCGAGGGUCAGCCAGCGGACCUUGUUGUAUGUGACGGGGCACCAGAUGUUACUGGCCUGCAUGAUAUCGAUGAAUAUAUUCAAGCUCAGCUCUUGCUUGCGGCUUUGAACAUCACCACUCAUGUACUAAGGAAAGGAGGGACAUUUGUAGCCAAGAUAUUUCGGGGGAAAGAUGUCACCUUACUGUACUCCCAGCUGAAGAUCUUCUUUCGAGAUGUGACCUGCGCCAAGCCCAGAAGCAGCCGAAACUCCAGCAUUGAAGCAUUUGUAGUGUGCCAAGGUUACAGCCCGCCAGAUGGCUACAUACCCAACAUGUCCAAUCCCCUUCUGGACCACUGCUAUGAUGUCGAUUUUAACCAGCUAGAAGGACCCAACCGUGUGAUUGUGCCUUUCCUGGCAUGCGGAGACCUGAGCGCCUAUGACUCUGACAGGACUUACCCUCUCCAGUUGGACACAGGUAAAGAAUACUGCUACAUUCCCCCAAACCAACCCCCGAUUCAACCACCCUACCAGGAGGCAUGCUUCUUAAAGAAGAACAAUCUACUGGCCAAGGAACGGCCACCAUCUCAGCUGAAUCAGCCCACCACGACAACUGCUGAAAAGGAAGAAGAGAACGCUGUCUGCCAAGGUGGGGCCAUCCAGAAACUCGCCAUCUCUUCCUGAUGAGGUCAUGUUGGUCCUGGAUUUUAGGUUUUAUUGUUAUAGCUUUUACACCAAGAAACAGUUUUUUUUAUUUAUUCAAAUUUUAAAUGUAUAAAAUAAAACUUUAA